AGAGUCGGCCCAGAAGACCCAAGUUCACGAUCAUCGGCGACUUGUUGGCAAUCGGUUGCAGCGGACCAAUUCGUGAAGGUGAAGAGAGGCAACGAUGACGGAGGCGCCGCCGAGACGACUGAGAGGCCACAAAGGCACUGCCACGUGCUGCAUCGCCUCGAAUGACCGUCCUGGCCUCGUCGCUACUUCAGGCGAGGAUGGUUGUGUUUGCUGGUUUGACAUGAGAUGCAAAGAUGUGGUAUCCAUUAUGGAAGUAGGAAAAGAACCUAUUACAUCCAUAUGUUUCAAGCAAGGGAAUGAAGAUGUUAUCUACAUCUCCUCUGGGAAGGAAAUUAAGUCAUUUGAUGUCCAUCAGGCCACAUCAUCGAAACCAUUGGAGAGUUAUAGUUACAACAAAGAGGAGAUAAAUCAGGUUUCUUGUAGCCCAAAAUCUUCUUUUCUGGCUGCUGCCGAUGAUGGCGGUGAUGUUAAGAUCAUUGAUAUUCACCAGAAUUGCCUAUACAAAACAUUAAGAUCUGGCCAUACAAGUAUCUGUAGCAGUGUUCAGUUCCUUCCUUGGAGACCUUGGGAAGUUAUUACGGGAGGUCUUGAUUCAAAGCUCAUUAUGUGGGACUUUUCAAGAGGACGUCCCAUCAAAGUUCUUGAUUUUGACAUCCCUGACAACAACCCUUCCAGUAACACAGGGCAAUGUUUUAAUCCUGCAUUUAUUCAUGCAAUAGUAGUUCCUGAAGUUAAUAUGGUGGACAGAUUGGGCCAGAUAUGUGUGGUUGCAAGGGGUGAUGGUGUUGUUCAUGUGAUUGAUAUUGAAUCCGAGAAAUCAAAGAUUUCCACAAAAACUAGUAAAAGAACACAAACUAGAUCUAAGGGAGUUACAGCAGCUUGCGAUGGGGAUAACCAAGAGCAAAGUGGAAGAAAGAGGUUAUAUUUGGAUUAUACUGUUGGUGGACAUUCUGCAGCUGUGUCCUGUGUGGCAUUUUCUCGAUUUGGGGAGAAAGGGAAGUUCAUAGUUUCUGGUGGGAAUGAUAAAUGCGUAAAGCUAUGGAAUUGGUCUGGAGUUCCUGAUGCUGGGGAAGCUGGCAGCAGCAACAACAACAAAAUUCUUCAUUUGAACAUCGACCUGAACAAAAAGGUGAAUUGGCUAUGUACUACUCCAUCUGACACAGAAAACCUUGUGGUCUGUGAUACCAGCAAGGUAGUGAAGUUUAGGGUUGCAGAAUCACGGGUGUCCGAAGAAAGGGCAAUGAUGGUUUCUGAUGUUCCCAUUUGCCACACUUGUGGUGAGCCAGUCGGUGUUGAUGCCAAUGGAGAGGCAUUCGUCGCCUGCCAUGAGUGCCAUUUUCCUAUUUGCAGAGUCUGCGUUCAGUAUGAUAUUAAGGAAGGCAGAAAUGUUUGCUUGCGUUGUGGGUCUCCAUUUGACGAGAACUUGCUGAUGGAUGCUGAUACGAAGAGAUCAGGAGAUGAAAACACAACGGCAUCUCAUCUCAGUCAUUCACAGGACGUUGGAGUUCACGCUAGACAUAUCAGCAGUGUGUCAACAGUGGAUAGUGAAUUGAAUGAUGAAUCUGGGAACCCAAUUUGGAAGAACAGAGUAGAGAGUUGGAAGGAUAAGAAGAAUAAAAAGAAAAGGCCUACCGUGAAGACUGAACAGGAAGCUCAAAUUCCUCCCCAACAACAAAUGGAAGAGAAACAGAUUUCAGAGACGGCUGCGGUUACACACACAUUUUCUUCAGUUUAUCCAAUUCCAUCCAGUAGAUUAACACCAUACAGAAUUGUGAUAAUCAUGAGAUUGAUCAUUCUAGCUCUUUUCUUCCAGUAUCGAAUAACAAAUCCUGUUGAUAGUGCUUUUGGUCUAUGGCUUACUUCUAUCAUAUGCGAAAUCUGGUUUGCCUUCUCAUGGGUGUUGGAUCAGUUCCCUAAAUGGUCUCCCGUGUGCAGAGACACAUUCAUUGACAGAUUAUCGGCCAGGUUUGAAAGAGAGGGAGAACCUUCCCAGCUUGCUGCUGUGGAUUUUUUUGUGAGUACCGUUGAUCCAUUGAAAGAACCUCCACUAAUCACUGCCAAUACCGUGCUUUCAAUCCUUGCUGUGGACUAUCCUGUCGAUAAAGUUUCCUGCUAUGUGUCUGACGAUGGUGCAGCUAUGCUCACAUUUGAAUCUCUUGUUGAGACAGCCGACUUUGCAAGAAAGUGGGUUCCAUUCUGCAAGAAAUUUUCCAUUGAACCCCGAGCUCCUGAGUUUUACUUCUCACAGAAAAUAGACUAUUUGAAAGAUAAAGUGCAACCUUCUUUUGUCAAGGAACGUAGAGCAAUGAAAAGAGCUUAUGAAGAGUUUAAAGUACGAGUCAAUGCUUUGGUAGCAAAGGCUCAGAAAACGCCAGAUGAAGGCUGGUUCAUGCAAGAUGGAACAGCUUGGCCUGGAAAUAAUCCACGUGACCACCCUGGAAUGAUUCAGGUUUUUCUUGGCAAUACUGGCGCCCAUGACAUAGAGGGUAAUGAACUUCCUCGACUAGUCUAUGUCUCCAGAGAGAAAAGGCCUGGUUACCAACAUCACAAAAAAGCCGGCGCUGAAAAUGCUCUGGUAAGAGUAUCUGCAGUCCUCACAAACGCCCCCUUCAUUCUCAAUCUUGACUGUGAUCACUAUGUUAACAAUAGCCAAGCUAUACGUGAGGCAAUGUGUUUCUUAAUGGACCCACAAGUAGGCCGAGAUGUAUGCUACGUUCAAUUUCCUCAGAGGUUUGAUGGCAUUGAUCGAAGUGAUCGAUAUGCUAAUCGCAACACAGUUUUCUUUGAUGUCAACAUGAAAGGAUUGGAUGGCAUCCAGGGACCAGUUUACGUGGGUACAGGUUGUGUUUUUAAUAGACAGGCUCUUUAUGGCUACGGACCUCCUACUAUGCCUAGCUUAUCUAAGACAUCCUCAUCAUCCUGCUCUUGGUGUGGCUGCUGUGCGUGCUGUUGUCCUUCCAAGAAGAUAUCAAAAGACCCGACUGAGAUUCAGAGAGAUGUAAAAAGAGAAGAGCUUGAUGCUGCAAUCUUUAACCUCAGGGAAAUAGAUAAUUAUGAUGAGUACGAGAGGUCCAUGCUAAUUUCUCAAUUGAGUUUUGAGAAAACUUUUGGCUUAUCUUCUGUAUUUAUUGAGUCGACACUAAUGGAAAAUGGAGGAGUUGCAGAAUCUGCAAAUUCAUCGAUUUUGAUCAAAGAAGCAAUUCAUGUCAUUAGCUGUGGUUAUGAAGAGAAGACUGCCUGGGGAAAAGAGAUUGGUUGGAUAUAUGGUUCAGUCACUGAGGAUAUCUUAACGGGUUUCAAGAUGCAUUGCCGAGGAUGGAGGUCCAUCUACUGCAUGCCCUUGAGGCCAGCAUUCAAAGGAUCAGCACCCAUUAACCUUUCUGAUCGUCUGCACCAAGUUCUUCGAUGGGCACUUGGAUCUGUUGAGAUUUUUCUCAGUAGACAUUGUCCAUUAUGGUAUGGAUUUGCAGGCGGUCGGCUCAAAUGGCUCCAAAGAAUGGCAUACAUAAACACCAUUGUCUAUCCCUUCACCUCCCUCCCUCUCGUUGCGUACUGCUCAUUGCCUGCAAUCUGCCUGCUGACAGGAAAAUUUAUCAUACCAACGCUCUCAAACCUAGCAAGUACUCUUUUUCUGGGUCUCUUCUUGUCCAUCAUUCUCACAAGUGUUCUUGAGCUGCGUUGGAGUGGUGUUAGCAUCGAAGAUCUAUGGCGUAAUGAGCAAUUCUGGGUCAUCGGAGGCGUCUCGGCCCAUCUCUUUGCUGUUUUCCAAGGAUUCCUAAAGAUGUUAGCUGGUGUGGACACCAACUUCACAGUUACUGCAAAGGCAGCUGACGACGCCGAGUUUGGAGAGCUAUACAUGGUGAAAUGGACAACACUUUUGAUCCCUCCUACAACUCUUAUUGUUGUUAACAUGGUCGGUGUCAUUGCUGGAUUUUCCGAUGCACUAAAUGGUGGAUAUGAAGCCUGGGGACCUCUUUUUGGCAAGGUAUUCUUUGCCUUCUGGGUGAUUUUUCAUCUCUAUCCAUUCCUCAAAGGUCUCAUGGGUCGCCAAAACCGGACUCCAACCAUUGUUGUUCUGUGGUCUGUACUGUUGGCAUCAGUUUUCUCACUUGUCUGGGUGAAGAUAAACCCAUUUGUGAACCAAAUUGACAGCACAACCGUUGCACAAAGCUGCAUUGCCAUAGAUUGUUGAGUAAUAUUGAAGAAAUUUAUCGAAACCCUUCAAUUUCUUGUCAAAGACUCUGCUGUGAUUGUCUAUAGGAUUCACAACCAGUUCCUUUAUAGCAUAGUUUGAGAUGAAAACAUCAGAUUCAUCUGGAUAUGUAUGAAUGUUUUGGUUCAACAUUUGAGCUUCAGUUUGUACAAUGUAAUCAUUAGUGUGAGAAACACCAAUUUGAAUACAAUAGCCAUCCAUCUUCCAC